AUGUGUUCACUACUGGAUCUCGCCCCCGAGGUCCUACAUCACAUUUUCACACAUGUUCACCCUACAGACCUGUCUCCAUUGUCUAUGACAUGUCGAUAUUUCAACCAGGUCAUCCAGAACGACGAACUUCUCUGGAAACACCAUUAUCUCUGCCUAUUUGAUCUUCCUCCGGAAGAUGGUACAACCUCUUGGAAAACAAGAACAACUCAGCUCGUCACCGCCAUAAAGAUCCUGGAGGCUGAUGAUGAGAGCACCGCGGCUUUGCAGGAAGUGCUAGAGGCCACUCUCAAGCUCAUUGAAGUCUCGGUCUCCCAGUCACCAAAGAACACCGACUUUCUCGCCAACCAUUUCAAAAAGGCCGCGAAUCUCAGCGCCUUUCUCUGCAAAUCCAGCCUGUUCCCCCGCGCCGCGCCUGGAAAGUGGACUGCUGCACCCACAGCGGCGCUUCGACAGCUUUCCGCCAGGCUCCAUGUGCUCGGUGGAAUGAAUCUUGAAGAUCCGUGGCCCCGAAUCGACGGACACACAUGCAUCCACAUUGCCGCUUCUCAUGAUUCAAGCGCCGAGGACGACGCUGAUGACGACGACAGCAGUGACAGCGAGGACGACAACACUAACGCUAACACUGGCACUGACAACAACAAUAACGAGAACGAUACCAACAACAACAACAACAACAACAACGAGGACGACUACAACGAUAUUGACGAUAUUGACGAUGACGACGCCAACGACGACGAUGGCACCGAUGGUGGUGAAUACCCAGAAGUUGUCAGCCCUGCAGCGGCCAGUGCAGGUGGAGACGCAUCCACGCCCUCCACAAGUACAUCGACGACCUUUUCGCCGCAACCCAUCCGCUAUGCACACCCGUAUGCUCGAUCCCAAGUCUACGACUUGCGCCGCUACACGCAGGCGAACAAGUGGGGUCCAUUUAUGGACGACGGCUCCGGACGAAUCGACUGGGAAAAAGUUCAAGCCAUCAUGAUCGUCAUCGGGUUCAACUACAGAAUGUACGCCGAGCGCCGCGGGGCGUCGUCGUCCUCGCACUCCGGCGUUCUCCGGCCCUGGGACGAGGCCUUCUUCGGCAUCGCCACCAACAGCUACGUAUCCUCCCCCUUGAGCGGCAAACUCAGGCCCAGCCUUCACCCCGACCUCGACGCCGUUGACCCUUACGGCGUGACGGGGACUUGGAUGCGCAUCGUCUGCUUCCUGGACUUCAACGACCUCUACGCCUUCAACUUCGAAUCCGGCCGACUUGACCCCACGCAGGACCGCGAACCGCUGACCACGCGCGAGGCCUUCCGUCUCAUUCGACUCCAGCUCCACGUGACGGCGGUUGAUGCUCCCAACCCCGACCUCGGAGACGGCGACAUGCCCGUCGUCCACUUCCAGGGCACGAGCCGGAGCACCUUCAUGGCCUGGGAUCCUAACGCAAACAGUCGAAUCCGCGGCACCGUGAGGAAGACGGCGAGUGGUGCGAUCCGUUGGACCACAUUUAGCAUUUUCCAUGGAGAGGAGCGCUGGCGGUCCGAAGGCGUACAAAUCGGCGGCAUACGCUCCGCCCGGGGUAUCCUGGGCAACUGGUUCGACAAGGACUACGACAUCCACGGUCCCGCAGGGCCGACGGCCUUCUGGAAAAUCAGCGACGAAAUGGUCGAAGAGGCCCACCACAAUCCGCCUCCCAUGGUUCAAAUCUUUCUGAACGGAGGUCCCUAG